AUGACCGACGCCGCUGCCACCGCCACCGCCACCUCGGCGCCAUCGACCAAGUCGCAGUUUGGCGACUGGCCCGCCGACAAGGUGCGCUCCACCUUCACCAGCUACUUCCAGGAGCGCGGCCACACCUUUGUGCCCUCUUCGUCCACCAUCCCGUACGACGAUCCCACGCUCCUCUUCGCCAACGCCGGAAUGAACCAGUACAAGCCCAUCUUCCUCGGCAUCGCUGAUCCCUCGUCCGCAUUCGGCUCCAUGAAGCGCGCCGUCAACUCGCAAAAGUGCAUCCGCGCCGGCGGCAAGCACAACGACCUCGACGACGUCGGCAAGGACACCUACCACCACACGUUCUUCGAGAUGCUGGGGAACUGGUCUUUUGGCGACUACUUCAAAAAGGACGCCAUCGCCAUGGCGUGGGAGCUGCUGACAAAGGUCUACGGCCUGCCCGCCGACCGCCUCUACGUCACCUACUUUGAGGGCGACGCCAAGCAAGGGCUCGAGCCCGACACCGAGGCGAGGGACUUUUGGAAGGCCGUCGGUGUCGCCGACGACCACCUCCUCACUGGCGACGCAAAGGACAACUUCUGGGAGAUGGGCGCCACCGGCCCGUGCGGCCCGUGCAGUGAGAUCCACUACGACCGCAUCGGCGGCCGCAACGCCGCCCACCUGGUCAACAAGGACGAUCCCAACGUGCUCGAGGUGUGGAACAAUGUCUUUAUGCAGUUCAACCGCGAGGAGGACGGCUCGCUGCGGCCGCUGCCCGCCAAGCACAUCGACACGGGCAUGGGCUUCGAGCGCCUCGUCUCAGUCCUCCAGGAUAAGCCGUCCAACUACGACACCGACGUCUUUACGCCGCUGUUUGACAAGAUCCGCGAGCUGACGGGCGCGAGGCCCUACGCCGGCAAGCUGGGCGCCGACGACGUCGACGGCAUCGACACGGCGUACCGCGUCGUGGCCGACCACGUCCGCACCUUGACGUUUGCCAUCAGCGACGGCGGCGUGCCCGACCGCGACGGCCGCGGCUACGUCCUCCGCCGCAUCCUCCGCCGCGGCACCCGCUACGUCCGCAAGUACUUCCAGGUGCCCAUCGGCUCGUUCUUUUCGCAGCUCGUCCCCACGCUCGUCGACCAGAUGGGCCACUUUUUCCCCGAGAUCACCAAGAAGAUCGACGACGUCAAGGCGAUCCUGGACGAGGAGGAGGUGUCGUUCGCCAAGACGCUCGACCGCGGCGAGAAGCUGUUUGAGGAGUACGCUGCCAAGGCCAAGGCCGAGGGCAAAAAGGAGCUGAGCGGCAGCGACGUCUGGCGUCUGUACGACACGUUCGGCUUCCCCGUCGACCUGACGCUCAUCAUGGCCGAGGAGCAGGGGCUCGGCGUCAACACCCAGGAGUUUGAAAAGGCGCAGGCCGAGAGCAAGGAGCUCAGCAAGGCCGGCGGCAAGAAGGGCGAGGCGGACGCCGUCAAGUUCGACGUCCACGACCUCGGUCACCUGGAAAAGGACGACAGCGUGCCCAAGACGCUCGACGAGUUCAAGUACGGCGUCGGCUCGGUCCAGGCCAAGGUCAAGGCCAUCUACCAGGACCACAAAUUUGUCGACGCCACGUCCAAGCUCGGCGCCAGCGACAGGAGCUUCGGCAUCCUCCUCGACCGCACCAACUUCUACGCCGAGAGCGGCGGCCAGCAGGCCGACACGGGCAGCCUGGUCAUCGACGGCAAGGCCGAGUUUGUCGUCGAGGAUGCACAGGUGUCGAGCGGCUACGUGCUCCACAUUGGCUACCUCAAGUACGGCGAGCUCAAGCUCGACGACGAGGUCGUGGCCAGCUUCGACGAGCUGCGCCGCGCGUCGAUCCGCAACAACCACACGGGCACCCACAUUCUCAACUUCGGCCUGCGCGAGGUGCUCGGCGAUCACAUCGACCAGAAGGGCUCGCUCGUCGCGCCGAGCAAGCUCCGCUUCGACUUUUCGCACAAGCAGGGCGUCUCGGUGCCGGAGCUCAAAAAGAUCGAGGACAUCUCGCUCGACUGGGUCAAGCGGGACGUGGCCGUCUUCAGCAAGGAGAUGCAGCUCGAGCAGGCGCAAAAGAUCCCCGGCCUGCGCGCCGUCUUUGGCGAGACGUACCCCAACCCGGUCCGCGUCGUGACGCUCGAGUACGACAUCGACGAGAUUGCAAAGGACAUUGAGAACCCCAAGUGGCGCUCGACGUCGGUCGAGUUCUGCGGCGGCACCCACGUCGCCAAGACGGGCGAGAUUCGCGACUUUGUCAUUACCGAGGAGUCAGGCAUCGCCAAGGGCAUCCGCCGCAUCAUCGCCGUCACGGGCGACGGCGCCGCCGCCGUCACCAGGACGGCCGACGACGCGGCCGCCAAGCUCGACGAGAUUGCCAAGAUCGCCGACCGCUCGGCCAAGGACGCCGCGCUCAAGGCCUACGGCACGCAGCUGGGCCAGCUCGACAUCUCGGUCAUCCGCAAGGCCGCGCUCAACGAGAGCUUUGCCAAGAUCCGCAAGGCGCUCGACACCGAGCUCAAAGCCAAGGACAAGGCCGACGUCAAGGUCGUCUCGGACGCCAUCGCCGCCCACUUCAAGGAGAACCCCAACGCCACCUACAUUGUGCGCCGCUUCGACGUCGGCGCCAACAUGAAGGCCAUCCAGUCGGGCAUCCAGAGCGCCAAGAAGCUCGGCAAGGCCGCCUACCUCUUCACCGAGGAGCGCGUCCCCGGCGAGACGGUCGCCGACGGCAUGGCGCCCAAGGCCAAGGUGGUCCACGCCAACUUUGUGCCCAAGCACGACCUCGACAAGGGCCUCAACGCCAAGGAGUGGGCCGACGUCGUCUCGAAGAGCAUCGGCGGCAAGGGCGGUGGACGCGACGACGGGGCCCAGGGCGUCGGCGAGAUGGGCGGGCCGGCCCUCGACGAUGCCCUCGUCGCCGCGGAGCGCUUCUACCAGCAGCGGUGCUUUGAGAGCCCCGUCCCGAUGGCCAACUGA